UCCAAAAUUCUAGUCACCGAUGGAGUACAGUUUGAUUAUGUUCCAAACCCUUUUUGCAUUUCUUUUCAUAUUAAUGAUGAUUAAACACUUGAAACCAUCAAAAACGUAUCAUUUGACUGCCAAUCUACCCCCCGGGCCAAGAAAGCUGCCUCUCGUAGGGAACAUUUUCGAUGUUGUGGGCCCACUCCCACAUCAUACCUUGAGAAACUUGGCACAAAAAUAUGGACCGUUAAUGCACCUACAACUUGGGGAGAAUUCCACCAUCGUUGUCUCGUCAGCUGAAACUGCGAAAGAGGUCAUGAAAACCCAUGAUGUGAACUUUGCUAACCGGCCCUUUCUUCUUGCUGCACAUAUCAUUUCAUAUAAAUCCACAAACAUCAUGUUUUCACCAUAUGGAGAUUAUUGGCGCCAACUUAGAAGGAUUUGCAAUUCAGAGCUUUUAAGUGCAAAACAUGUUCAAUCACUUAAACCGAUAAGAGAACAAGAGGUUUUCCAUCUCAUACAAACUAUCUUUAAGCAAUCAGGAUCCCAGAUCAAUCUAAGUGAACAUAUAUAUGCACUCACAUAUGGGAUUACUACAAGGUCGGUCUUUGGAAAGAAGAUUAAACAUCAAGAUGCAUUGAUAUCUCUUAUUGACGAGGCCAUUGGAUUAUCUGGAGGAUUUAAUCUUACUGAUCUCUAUCCUUCGUCGAAGGUUGUAGCUCUUUUUAGUAGGCUUAGGCCCAAACUUGAAAAGCUUCAUCAGAGAUUUGAUAAGAUGCUAGAUGAAAUCAUUGGAGAGCAUCAAGAAUAUGAAGAAAGAAAAGAAAACCCGGAUCACUUGCUAGUAGAUGUUCUUUUGAAACUCCAAGAGCAUGGCAACCUUGAAAUUCCCUUGACCAUGGACAACAUCAAAGCAAUCAUCCUGGAUGUAUUAUCUGCAGGCAGUGAUACGUCUUCCACGGUUAUAGAAUGGGCAAUGUCGGAGUUGCUGAAAACCCCGAGUAUAAUGGACAAGGUGCAAACUGAGGUUAGAGAGGUUUUCAGCAAACAAACAAUGGUUGAUGAAACGGGAAUCCAGUCAUUAGUUUUUUUAAAGGCAGUUAUUAAAGAAACUUUAAGACUACACCCACCGGCACCUUUGAUGUUACCCAUGGAGAACAAAGAGAAAUGUGAGAUAACUGGAUAUGAUAUUCCUAAGCAGACAAGAGUGAUUGUGAAUAUAUGGGCAAUUGGUAGAGAUCCAAAGUAUUGGAAAGAUCCCGAAAGAUUUGAUCCGGAACGAUUUCUGGAUGGCAGCAACUCGAUAGAUUUCAGAGGAGUCGACUUUGAGUAUAUCCCAUUUGGUGCUGGAAGGAGAAUAUGUCCAGGUAUUUCGUUUGGAUUAGCAAAUCUCGAGCUUUCACUCGCCUCUUUACUUUACCAUUUUGACUGGAAACUAGCCACUAUGAAUGGAGAUCAUCUUGACAUGAUUGAAUCUUUUGGCGCGACUGUUAAAAGGAAAAAUGUCCUAAACCUUGUCCCAACUAUUUGUUAUCCACCUCCGGCAUGUUUAGUUAGUUCGUAAUAGGCUAUCAACAACAACAAUAAAAACAUCAACCCGAUAAUGAUGCUCAACAAGUCAUCAUCUUUCUUAUGAUUGUCAUCCUUCACACAAAGAAACAACUAUAUGUAGAAUGAUUGCCAUCCUUCAUUUCUUAGAUCCUGAAUUUAUAACUUUGUGGUGGUAACCGAAUUCAUGGCAUUAUU